GUCACAAACUCCAACACCUCCAACCCUCCCCUCCCGGUUCACCACCUCCUCAUUUUUCUCACCAUCGCGAACAUCCAUUUUUUCCAUCAAGUGCGCGAAAGAAUCCGGGAGCAAAGAUGACCUCGAUCAUACGCGCAGCAUCUAACGCUAUUCCUUCUAAACUUAGGCCUGUACUUCUCGUGUUUUUCAACCUCGUGCUCGCUUCUGGCCUUAGUUACCUCGCCAAUCCAUGGAUUGGCCAGGACAUUAUGGCCGUUGAACGGCCGAUGACCACUUUAAACGAUUAUAUGGGAGUGGUCGGGUGGCGUGUUGUGGAGGUUCUGGGUUACUGGAUAGGUGGAUGGGAUGGUAUGGCCAUUCGGCUUCAUCACGAGGCUACGACAGUCCGCUAACAAUGCACCUUUUCUCCCGCUCUAGCCUCACAAGCAGCCUGUCUAGUUACGCUCACUCUUUCGCCUGCGCUUCACUAUCUACAUACAUACCAGCCAAGCCACUCGCCGCUCCUUCCGACGCUUACUGUGACCACCGCGAUAGACGUGUUGUCGAUCUACCUUCCUCUUCGCUUCCUUCGCGCUUCGCCCAGGGGCCCCACAACACCCUUCAAGCAGGAUUCUAAGACCGAUACGACCCGUUUUUUAACAACCCUCCUUUCAUCCAGUAUCUACCAGUUGGUCCUUUACUCGGCGGGCAAAAAAUUCCUUACCUCUUGGCUCUUGGAUUGUGGUUGGGAUUUGGAAUCAGUGGCGCGCGUGCACGACGCCCCGGAAGCGGCACUUCUUGCUCGUGCGGUGAUGAUGAUGCCUGUUGGUUGGGCUGCUAGCGAGAUUAUCUUCUACUCUCCAAACGGAUCUGCAGACUCUACCAUCCCAACCGAUCCCACUCCCGAAGAGAUCAAGCAGGAUUAUACCGGUGUCUGGGGGUUCUUCCUUCGUAUGUGGAUGAACAUAUUGAGCCCCCGCUCGCGCAAGAUCAUCAGGAGGACUUUAUUGAUUGCUAGCUAUCAGGGAAUCAGCUCUGUCGUUGUUCUUGCUGGAAAGGUUAAAGGCGGUGAUUUGAAGGGUGCUGCCGGUGUUAGCGGAGUUUGGGCAGUCGGUACAAUGAUAGUUGGAGCAGUCCUCUGCUGGGUCGGGAGAGUUUAAACACCAAUGUUCGAUGAACAAGAUAGCUUGGGGCAUGAGAUGAUGGGAGAAGAAGAUUGGGGAGGAUUGGUGAGGUUGGGGAGGGAGACAGGUAAGUAAGCUGGUAGGUAGAAAAGGUGAAGGACGGCGUUGGAUUCAGCUUUGGAUUCCCGAGUUAUCAAUUGUCUCUUUCUGAUUUAUAUUUUAUUGAUUUUGUUUU